AUGGAAGCCAUGAAUGACGGGAUCAUGCCGGUGGAUCAAGGCACAAUCUAUCGGGAUAGUAUGCAACAAGAUUCUCCUGAUUGGUUGAAAUUCUUUUCUGGCGGUGGUGGCGGACAGAAGAAAGUUACUCGAGAUGGUCAACCGGCGAAACGACGAGGCCCGAAGCCCGACAGCCGACCUGCCCUUACUAGACGGCAAGAGUUGAAUCGCCAGGCGCAAAGAACGCAUCGCGAACGAAAGGAACAGUACAUGCGAUCAUUGGAGACGGAGGUGUCGCGGCUACGAGAAGCCUACACGCAGGAUCUCUCGGCGGCCAAUUUAACGGUUCAUCAACAUCGGGAGAUGGUGCGAUCCUUGUCGGAGGAAAAUAAGAUUCUGAAAGACAUCCUCGCCAGCCAGGGCAUCAACUUCGAGGCCGAGGUCGAACGACGCAAAGCCGAACGCGCCAGCCCGACAUUCCAGCAACAUCACCAGCAACCGUUGACGAGUCCCUUUGCCAGUAGCAGCGUCAGCUCGCAGCCGCCCAACGUUGCACAGCCUGGCAGCAACUUGUAUACUACCCCUCCUGCCACGGUCACUCCCCCGACUACCGUUUCGGUCUCGUCGAGCGUUAGUCCUGGUAUGAACGGAGUAUCGCAUGUGGAUGUCUCGCCCACGCAGGAAUUGACGCCGCAAAAUCACUCACAUUACAACGCGCCAUGCGACGCGCUGGCCACUCUGGAUCGGAUAGCUCCGGCCAGCCGGCAACCGGCACACCCCAAUGGAAUUUUUGAAUCGGAUCCUCAAUUGCAGGUUGACUUUAUCCUAAAAUUGGAAGGACCAUGUCGCGAGCAUACCGAUUAUCUGUGUCGACGAUCGGUCACGGAGGCCGAUGAUGAAGACAUGCCGUUCUCCGGACACGCUCUAAUGGCGACCUGUCCACCUCCUAGCUACAUCUCCAACACGACGCCCGAACAGACAUAUCCUCACCAGACCUACGACCUACCUCACGCCAACCUCUCCACCUUGUUGAACCUCAGCCGACAGCUUGUUACUGAGGGGCAGAUCACGCCGAUUAUGGCGCUGCAGUGUCUCAAGAGCCACGAGCUCUAUCGCUCCUUGACACGCGAUGACAUCAAGAUUAUCAUGGAGACGCUCAACACGAAAGUGCGGUGUUACGGGUUCGGGGCCGUGGUGGAGGACUUUGAACUGAAAGAUUGCUUGAGCAGCGUGGUAGGCGCCAGGGUGGACUUGGGAGUUUCACAAGUCCACGACGAUAUGUUAUAUUCAUGA